UGGUGCUGUUCACUCUGACUCAGAUUAUGGAAAUUAUGGCAUGGCUUCUUUUCUUGCAGCAGCACAGAAUGAAGGGAUCUGUGUGGAGUACUCUGAAGCCUUUUUUUGGACUGACUCUCAUAGCAAGAUCCAGAGAGUGGCUGAUGUUAUCCGCAGAUCAACAGCAAUGGUUAUCGUGGCAUUCACAGAUACUACAGAAUUGAGGCUCCUGUUACAAGAGCUGGCUCGAGACCCUCCAUCACCUCGUCAGUGGAUAGGAAGUGAGGGCUGGAUCACUGACCCACAGCUGAUGAGCUUCAGUUUCUGUGCAGGAGCCAUUGGAGUUGCCAUUCAGCAGUUUCUUAUUCCAGGGCUAAGCGAUUUUCUGUUGGAUCUUUCUCCCACUGAAGUAGCAGAUUCCUCAGUGCUGACUGAGUUCUGGGAGGAGGCUUUCAACU